GAAAACAUGUUUCAUGAAUUCAAGAUGUAUUUCUCAAAAAAGGAACAUGAUGAAAAUGUUCAGAAGAGGCAAUUUCCUUCCUCUUUUCUACUUUGGCUCCGGAGCCCCCAGCAGAACCUCUUCAAUAUCUGACAUGUUACAGAUUUCACUGCUCCCACCAGCUUGAAGAUAACAUGUGGCUCUUGACAGUUCUGCUCCUUUGGGUUCCAGUUGACGGGCAAGUGGACCCCACAAAGGCCGGGAUCACUUUGCAGCCUCCAUGGGUCAGCGUGUUCCAAGAGGAAACCGUAACGUUACAGUGCGUGGGGCCCCGUGUGCCUGGGAACAGCGCCACACUGUGGUUUCUCAACGGUACAGCCACUCCGACCUCGACCCCCAGCUACAGCAUCGCCUCUGCCAGCGACAGAGACAGUGGUGAAUACAGGUGCCGGACAGGUCUCUCAGUGCUAAGUGACCCCGUGCAGCUGGAAGUCCGCAGAGACUGGCUGCUACUCCAGGUCUCCAGCAGAGUCGUCAUGGAAGGAGAGCCUCUGGCAUUGAGGUGUCAUGCGUGGAAGAAUAAGCAGGUGUACAAUGUGUUUUACUAUCAAAAUGGCAAAGUCAUCAAGUCUUUCAACCGGAACUCUGAUCUCACCAUUCCGAAAACCAACAUAAAUCACAAUGGAAUCUACCAUUGCUCAGGCAUGGGAAGGAAUCGUUACACAUCAGCAGGAGUGUCUGUCACUGUGAAAGAGCUAUUUCCAGCUCCAGUGCUGAAGGCGUCUGUGACAUCCCCGCUCCUGGAGGGGAAUCUAGUCACCCUGAGCUGUGAAACAAACUUGCUCCGGCAGAGGCCGGGUUUGCAGCUCUCCUUCGCCUUCUACAUGGGCAGCAAGACCCUGCAAGGCAGGAAUACAUCCUCUGAAUACCAAAUAUUAGCUGCUAGAAGUGAAGACUCUGGGCUUUACUGGUGCGAGGCUGCCACAGAAGACGGAGACUUCCUUAAGCGCAGCCCUGAGCUGGAGCUUCAGGCCUCCAGUCACCAACUCCUGUCUGGUUUCAUUUCCUUUUCUAUGUGGUCGUGGGAAUUAUGUUUUUAGUGGACACUGUUCUCUGCGUGACAAUAUGGAAAGAACUGAAAAGAAAGAAAAAGUGGAAUUUAGAAAUCCCUUUGGAUUCUGCUCAUGAGAAGAAGGUAACUUCUGACCUGCAAAAACACAGACAUUGAGAAAAAGACCUGAAGCGCCAGGAACAAGAGGAACAGCUGCAGAACAGGGUGCACCGGCAGGCGCCCCAGGAGGCCAAGCAGCAGCAGCUCAGUGGGUGGCCAUCGGUCUGGACCGUCCCCUGCCCACUUCCUCCCCAUGAGCACUGCGCACAAACGUCCAAAAGUUCAGCACCACCGGAACUGUAGGGCUCACGGCAUAUAACAAUUAAAGGAAAUAAAUGAACUGACUUCAACUGGGGUACAUCUGGAAAUUUGGUCAUCAGAGAUGACUUGAAAUGAGGCCUACUCUAAAGAAAUCUUGAAAAACCAAGUCAAGUGUAGCCUGAUUAUCUUAUUAUAUAGUUUGAAAAAUAGUAUUUUGUUUCUCAGAACAACGUAAAAAGGUGAGUGUGUGCAUAGGCACAGGACAUUAGGACAGAGAGAGAGACAGAAUGAGCGAGGGAGACAGAGAGACACACACAGCCAGGAGUGGGCAGAUUUCAGGUAGAUAAGAGGGAAUAGUAUAGAUGAUAAGGAAAUCUAACUUACAGGUGACUCCUAAGGGACUGCGAUGCUGACAGAGCUCACGCCUCCGUGCUCAGGAUAGCUGGUUCAUGGCUUUCCUCUGACUUUACUAAAAGAGAAUGCCUCCAUACGUGUUCUAGGUAUACAAGGGGGUAACUCAUGAUGACACCUCGGUGUGUUAUUCUUGCCCCCUCCCUUGGGUCUUUCUCAUAACCACCCUAUUUCUAGAGACGCUAGAAAUGCUGCCAGUCCCAGGCCCCUGCCCUGUAGGGAGGCAGAAAAAAAAAAUUCUUUUUUAACAAUUAGUCCCAAUCUCCAAGCGUGGCACUGCAGGGAGAAACUUCAAGUGGGGAGAAGCGGCGACAUCACAGAGUCCAGAUCUUGCCUCCAGAGACUGGCUUUACCUUCCUGAUUUUCUGGCGGAUUACGAACUGGCUUCAGGAUAUGCUGCUCUCACACUUGGGCUGUAGUUUAGAGACAAAAUAUUUUCCUUCCACUCUAUAACACAGCUGGGAUAAAAACGGAAACAUGUCAAUGACUCUCCUGAAAGGUUAGGGGAAAAACAGGAGGAGAAUGACACGCAGAGCAA